CUCUACCUUCUUUUUUCCUCGGCGGAGGCCAUGAUGGGAGCCUGAGUUCAGCUGGAGCGAGUAAAAAGGAAAGAUGAUUCCACGGGACGGAGCUGUCAAAGCAAUCUGUGCAUAUUGCUGAAUUUUCUAUAGUCUGCAUACAUCUGAGGUGGAGCCUGUCACUUUUUCCCUUCCCCGCGAUGUUCUCGACGAGUGCUCGGUGACAAUGUUGAAUCGCUAAGGAGGUUUUUUUUUGGAUCGUAGCGAGCUAGCCUAGCUCCAACCCCCCUCCACCCCUCACCCCGUCCGAGUGACUGGAUACGGGCUUUUUUUUUCUCCCCCUUCCUUCGGGGGUUACCAGUGACUUUUCUUCUCGCUUCGGACCGAACCCGGGUCUUAUUUUGUGGACAACUGCAUGUAUUUCGCUGGGGAGUAUUUGGAAGAGCGACCGCGGGAUUGGAAAAGUCGGGCCUUCGCCGAGGAGAAGCCGAGCAAGGCCCGUCUUUAUGUUCCAGAGGAAGCCUGUCUAAUCCCAACGAGCUCGGCUGGCUAGCCCCGAGGAGGACCCCCCCUCCCCUUCACCCCUUACCGCGACCCACCGAACGGAACCGCCGUGUACCACCGAACCAGCUAAAAGCCUGCUUUCAUCCGUUCCCCAUAAUAGACUCCUGUCAGCCGCUGCAAUGACUGCCAUUAUUAAAGAAAUUGUCAGCCGGAACAAAAGGAGAUACCAGGAGGACGGCUUCGACCUGGAUUUAACAUAUAUCUACCCAAACAUCAUUGCCAUGGGCUUUCCAGCAGAGCGACUCGAAGGCGUGUACAGAAACAAUAUAGACGACGUAGUACGGUUUUUGGAUUCAAAGCAUAAAAACCAUUACAAAAUCUACAACCUCUGCGCAGAAAGACACUACGACGCCGCCAAGUUUAACUGCAGAGUUGCACAGUACCCCUUCGAAGACCACAAUCCCCCACAGCUGGAGCUGAUCAAGCCGUUCUGCGAAGACCUGGACCAGUGGCUCAGUGAAGACGACAAUCAUGUAGCGGCCAUCCACUGUAAGGCCGGCAAGGGCCGCACGGGGGUGAUGAUCUGCGCCUAUCUCCUCCACCGCGGCAAGUUCCUGGAGGCCCAGGAGGCGCUCGACUUUUACGGCGAGGUCAGGACAAGGGACAAGAAGGGAGUAACCAUCCCCAGCCAGCGCCGCUACGUCUACUACUACAGCUACCUACUGAAGAACCAGCUGGAGUACAAGCCGGUGGCGCUGCUCUUCCACAAAAUGGUGUUCGAGACUCUGCCCAUGUUCAGUGGGGGCACCUGCAAUCCCCAGUUCGUCGUGUACCAGCUCAAAGUGAAGAUCCACACGUCCAACCCCACCCACACCCGGCGUGAGGACAAGCACAUGUUCUUCGAGUUCCCGCAGCCGCUGCCGGUGUGCGGCGACAUCAAGGUGGAGUUCUUCCACAAGCAGAACAAGAUGAUGAAGAAGGACAAAAUGUUUCACUUCUGGGUGAACACCUUCUUCAUCCCUGGGCCGGAGGAAGGAGCGGAGAAGCUGGAGAACGGCGCGGUGAACAACGCCGACACAGCAAGGCGGCGCGGCGACAGGGACUACCUCAUCCUGACGCUCACCAAAAACGACCUGGACAAGGCGAAUAAGGACAAAGCCAACCGCUACUUCUCGCCAAACUUCAAGGUGAAGUUGUAUUUCACUAAAACCGUGGAGGAGCCUUCGAAUUCUGAGGCGAGCACUUCGACAUCCGUCACGCCGGACGUCAGCGACAAUGAGCCAGACCAUUAUAGAUACUCUGACACCACUGACUCUGAUCCGGAAAAUGAACCUUUUGACGAAGAGCAGCACACGCAAAUCACAAAAGUCUGAACUCUUUUUAAAUAAGAAAAUUUAAAAAAAGAAAAAAAAACAAGAGAAGAAAAUUAUACAGCAGAGAGAAAAAAAAGGAGAAAACUUGAAUAUGAACUUUAAAAGAAGAACCUUUUUGUCCCUUACCCCCCCCCCCAACCCAGAUGGCAAUAGAAUAU